UGUGUUGCGUGACCUGAGUGCAUUCUCAUUUCUACAAGCACCUCAGUUUUACUUUCACAGUUCAGUUCUGCUUGAACUUGGGUGAAGAUGCGUCUGUUUAUCAUGAGCGUCUCUGUGCUGCUGGUGCUGUUUUUUACAGGCAUCUCGUCUAAAGUUGUCGACACAUUCAGUAAAUGCGACUACUUUUUUAAAAGGAUGUCUCCGGUUAUCCCUGGCAUUCUAAGCGAUUCAGUUGCAAUGAAUAGCAAUUAUAAAAUAAUCUGUCAACAAUAUAACAAAUGUAACAGGUUUGCAACACUCUAUGAUACAACAGAGAUGAUCCCUGUUUUCUCAGCUUACAAAUACACCAGAAGACAAAAAUUCGAGAAACUAGGAAAGGUUCAUUGGAUGAUCGAAUCGCAGCUUGAACCUUCAAAUUAUGAAAUCAAUGUGCCAUUCGUCAACCAGGCCUGCAAUGGAGACUAUUACAAUAACACAGAAAAUGUGCACCCCGGUCAUCUAUUUCCAGUCUGUCAUGCAGCUGAUAGAGAAACUGCUAUAUCUACAUUCACACUCACCAACAGUAUCCCACAGAAGAAGGACUUAAGGAAUGGCAGCUGGAUUAGAGUGCAAAACCAGAUUUUAGAAAUGAUGGACAAUUACUGUCGUGACCAAAACAACAACAAUAAAAUCUCAGCCUAUGUGUUGACAGGAGCUUUACCUGGAAAUAUGCGUCUGAAUAAGAGAGUGAACAUUCCCUCUUACAUGUGGAUGGCAUUCUGCUGCUACAACAGUACAGAAAGACUAUGGGUCUCUCAAGCUUAUUGGGCAUCAAAUGUAGAGAGAGUUAAUGAGGAAAAUAUUAGACUCAAGAGCCUGAAUGAAUUACAAAUAUUCCUGAAUGAAAAAUGGAAGAGACAAGUAAAGCUGUUUUACAAUGACUGUAAUAUUAACAGAAAACCGAAAGAUAUAUAGGAGAAUGCGAAAUCAUGGUAUUACAGAGAUUUUUGCCAAAGUGAUUUUCAUUAAUUAUCAUCUUCUAUCUUUAUAUCUAACAAGCGGUUCUUAAGUAAAGGUUGUGCUUAGUGUGUAAAUGCUUUUUCUUCUUUAAUAAAGCUUGCAGUUGCAAAUGA